GGUGUCGGCGUGAGCGUCGUUGAGCUGUGAAUGGACAUUAAUGGGGAAUGUAAUACACUUCUCUCAGUGACUGGUUUCGUCUGUUAUUUAAUCGCUGCAGCGGAAGAGUGGGUGUUGAUGAGUUGAUGACUGACAGAAGUGAUGUGAUAGCAGGUCUGCCAGGUUAGACAGAUCAGAGCAGACCGUCUGCUGCACAGUGAACCACCUGGAUGCAACACGUUACAGCAUAGACAGAAUGGAUUUCCCCAAUUACACUGAAGGGGUGUUUGCCACAAGCAACGUUAGCAGGAAUGACUCACUGGAGACCACUGAACUUCCCCCUAGUGAAAUCCUGCUUACUAUAACUCUGUCUGUGCUGGCCAUCCUCACCACAUUUUUCAACUGCCUGGUGAUAACAGCUAUUGCAGUCACUCGCAAGUUGCACCACCCAGCCAACUACCUCAUCUGCUCAUUAGCAGUGACCGACUUACUGGUGGCUGUGCUGGUCAUGCCCUUCAGUAUCAUCUACAUCCAAAAGAAGAGCUGGGUCAUGGGUCAGGUGGUGUGUACCUUCUGGUUAAGUGUGGAUGUCACCUGCUGCACAUGCUCCAUUCUGCAUCUUGCUGCAAUAGCCAUUGACCGUUACCGGGCUAUCACAGACGCAGUGGAGUACUCUCGCAAACGUACAGGAGCCAGAGCUGGUGCAAUGGUGGCAGUGGUGUGGCUCCUGUCCAUCCUCAUCUCACUCCCUCCUCUACUGUGGCAACACUACAGUGGCAAUAAUGACCAUGAAAAUGAGUGCAUCAUCAUCCAUCCUCACAUGGCCUUCACCCUUUAUUCAACACUCGGAGCAUUUUAUAUUCCACUGCUGCUCAUCCUCAUCCUCUACUAUAAAAUCUACCUGGCCGCUCAGACCCUAUAUAUGCGGAGGGAGGCUAGCCGGGCUAGCCGUCACUCAUGCAUGACCAAUGGCAGCAUGAUCCCCUCUACCUAUCCUGCUGGAGAUGGUGAUGCCGAUGGCGGGCCUCGAAGUCCUGAGCCUGUAAGCCCACCGGAAAAGUCUUUCUCUGAACCCUCAACAGAGGAAACUCCACGUGAACGGGUCCGUGUGUCUGUAAAGGCCUUUAAGUGCAAGUCACGACGGCACGAGUCACGCAGUGAAUCACGUCGUAGUCAGUUAUACCAAGGACCUCGAAUCUCGGGCUCACGAGAGCGCAAAGCGGCAUCCACGCUGGGGUUGAUAAUAGGGGCCUUUGUCGUCUGUUGGUUGCCGUUUUUUGUCAAGGAAUUGAUUGUCAACACCUGCGGUUCUUGCAGUACUUCAGGGGAAAUGGCUGACUUCCUGACAUGGUUGGGCUACCUUAAUUCUCUGAUCAACCCUCUGAUCUACACCAUCUUCAAUGAAGACUUCAAAAAAGCCUUCCAAAAACUUGUGAGGUGCAGUCAUUACCUCUGAUGAUUAUUUAUGCAUGAUCAAACCUGUACACCAUCUAUAUAUGAGAGGAAACAAAAUUAAUGGCUUCAGGUCAAAAAUACUGACUGAAUAACUGAGUUAUUAUGUCUGAAAAAGAAUAAUUUAAAAGAGCAAAAGGAUUGAUACUGGAAAAGAAACUUCAUCAGCCACUUCAGCAGCCUAAAUGGCACCGACUCAGCAAUGAGAUGGUGCGAGUUCCCAAUUGAAAAUCAAGUCCUGCUAUUUAUAGAAGAGCCUGAGACCUCAUUGAUGUUAAUUGGAGUAUGUAAAGGGACACUGAGAAAAUGUGCCAUCACUGACCUUUUUUGAGGCCUGAGUUCUGAGCAUUAGUGAUCAGCCCCAUUUAUACGUCUUGAAAUAGCUGACCAUUAUGUCUGUUUCAUCUAAUGACCUCCCUUCUGCCGAGUCCACGCUGCUGGCUUAAAUAUUGGACAUGUGUAAAAUACCACAGUAUACCAAGUUGUUGCUUUUUGUGGCUGUGAUGUUAUGAAAGGUGACUUGUUUUCUGACUGUUGCAAUGAUUGUUAGCAGAACUAGUAUAUAUUUAGCCCUGCAAAACAUUCCAAAAAUAUUAAACCUCCAUUGAUUGAUGGUUUGACCUUCUUGUAAGUUAAUGGUACAGGUACUGGCUUCAUUUACUUGACAGUCUAAAAAGACAUGGGAAGAUAUGG